AUGAAAAAGAUUAAUGAUAAUAAGAGUUCUGGCGGAAGAGUUGAAUUAGAAGUGAAUGAUGUUAAUGAGAAAUUAGCCGAAAAAGCAGACAAAAAUGAGCUUUUAGCUCUGAGUGAUAAAGUCAAGAACCACGUUCAUUAUAUAACUUCAGACGAACAGAUUAUAACGGACUACCAUGGAUAUUUAACACGAAGUGAUGAAGUGAAGACGGAAGACCCCAAUGAAAGAAGAUAUAAAUACAUUCGUGCUAAAGGUUAUGACAUAAGCUGUACUGUACAGUAUGACACGGGUAAAGCACCAGAAGCAUUUAGUUAUAACGAUGAAAUUUAUGCCUCUACUUUCUCUGUUAAAGGUGUAUUAGUUGAACCAAGAUUUACUUUGAGAGUUAAGUCAAAAAUAACGUUUGAAGAUGCUAUUAAAAGUAAAGCUGACAAAGUUGAACUCGAAGCAAUGAACAAAGUUUUGAAAUCUCAUAAACACAACAUCUCCGAUAUAAAUGAACUUCAAGCUACAUUAGACAGUAAAGCCGACAAGAACCAUACACAUAAAUCCUUCACUACUGUUAGAGCAGACGACAUAAUAUUGAACUAUACCCUUGGUUCAAGUGCACCUUUAGAGAAUCCAAGUACAAGCGUAAAAGAUACACUAAACUCCUUAAAUAGUAAAUGUAUAAAUAUCGAAGGUCAUGCCAGAAACUUUGAAGCACAUGAACUACCAGCAAUGUUAGAUAAGAAAGCAGAUAAAACUUAUGUGGAUGCAGAACUAACAAAGAAAUUUUCGAAACCAGAUACAAUGACAUUUACAACAGAAAUUAUAAAUGGCGAACCAGCAACUCCAUUUGAAUUUGUUAGAGGUCUUCAACCAGAUACUUUUGAAUUUUUCUUGGAUAAUUCUAUUGAACUAACAUUACAUUAUAAAAGUGGAACAAAUGCAACAUUUCAUCCGGGAGAUACAUUCCAAAUG